AAUUUUCGACAACUGAAAGAGUGAGGAGUGAGAUUGUGAGUUCAACUAAGAGAUCAAUUUGUGGUGAAUUGAAUGGAAGGUGUGAAGGUGAAGGUGGAGGAUGAGAGCACCGGCACCACUGGGAUUUCAUCGUCUUCUUCAUCCUCUUCUCCGCAGCCGAUGGAGGGGCUGCACGAGGUGGGGCCUCCUCCGUUUCUCACCAAGACUUAUGAAAUGGUGGAGGAUCCUUCUACUGAUGCGGUCAUUUCGUGGAGUAAGGCCAAGAACAGCUUCAUUGUUUGGGAUUAUCACAAUUUCUCCACUCAUCUGCUUCCUAAAUACUUCAAGCACAGCAAUUUCUCCAGCUUCGUCCGCCAGCUUAACACAUAUGGUUUUAGAAAAGUCGAUCCCGAUAGAUGGGAAUUUGCUAAUGAGGGGUUUCUGGGAGGGCAGAAGCAUCUCUUGAAGACCAUCAAAAGGAGGAGGAACGUGAUGCAAGGUGUUGUGGCUCAACAAGCCGGGGGAGCUUGUGUGGAGUUAGGGCAGUAUGGAAUUGAUGAAGAGCUCGAUAGGUUGAAACGAGACAGGAAUAUUUUAAUGUCAGAGAUUGUGAAGCUCAAGCAACAGCAGCUGAGCUCAAGGCAGCUGGUCAUGGCAAUGGAAGAAAGGCUUCAAAAUACAGAGAAGAAACAGCAGCAGAUGCUCACCUUUCUUGCUAAAGCUUUCAAGACCCCGGCUUUCGUUCAGCAAUACGUCGACAAAUAUGGGAAUAGCAAGAAGAACAUUGAGAUAGGCCAGAAGAGGAGAAUAAGUACGAGUUCUAGUGUCGAGAAUCUGCAGGAAGUUGCUGCGACUGUUUCCACUGGAAGUAGUCUGAAUUAUGCAAGGGACGAGCUUGCAGGCAUUCAACUGAAGGUGGAGAGUCUGGAGGAUGGAUCAAGCACGGAUUUGAAGGGCCUCUCGACUGAGGCAGACCCAGAUCCCUUGAAUGACAUGACUAAUAUGUGGGAUGAGUUCCUGAGUGAUGACCUUAUUGUUGGAGACGAGGCAGAAGAAGUCCUUCCAGCUGAUCGCUUGUCGGAUAUAGAGGUUGAAGAGUUGGUAGCUAACACAUCGGAUUGGGGUGAGGAUUUACAAGACAUUGUAGACCAGUUAGGAUUCCUUUAGGUCUGAUUGGAUUUCUUGUUGCCUUGGCCUCCUCGUACACACACCUUUGUUGGAGGCCAAGAGUUAAUAAUCCUACUGCUGUGUAUUCUUGAUGGAAGUUAAAUCAAUUGUAUCUUCUUUAUUUUGCUA